GAUCCUUAGUGUCUGUCUCUUUCUGUUGGCCUUUUCCACGCCCAAAUUUCCUCUUCUUUUCCAUUCUAGCUGCACCUAACUUCAACUUUUUUAUAUAUAGGCUACUCUUCUUCAUAUUUAUACAUUCAUCAUUUUCAUCACUUUCAUAUAUCUCUUGAAAAGAUGAGAAGGAACUGCAACUUGGAGCUCUGCCUUUUUCCUCAAUAUAUUUCUGAUAGAAAUCACAAUCACAACAAUCACAUGGUUGAAGAACAAGAAGAUAGUGAUGAGAAUUCAAUGCAAAAUCAGCAACAGCCCCUGACUAUUUUCUACGAUGGCAAGAUCUGUGUUACUGAUGUCACAGAGUUUCAGGCCAAAUCAAUCUUAAUGCUGGCAAAUAAAAAAGUGCAAGAAAUAGUGAAGACGCCAACAGGAUCAGAGCCAUCAACACCAACAAUGGUACAAUCUCCUCAUCAAUCAUGUAGCCAUGCUCCUGGUCUUUCAAUGAAAAGAUCUUUGCAACGGUUUCUUCAAAAGAGAAAAAAUAGGAUUCAACAAGCUUCUCCGUACAAUCAUUAGCAAAUUAGAAAAAACAGAGUCUUUCAAUAAAAAGAUCUGCAACGGAUUCUUCUGAAAAUGACUUCAAAUCCCAACCUGACCGUGUUUUUCUAAAUGGUGACGUUGUAAGCCGGAAGAGUUCAAAGUAGGAAAAUAUCGUUGAUUCUAUCAUUGAUGCUAAGUAUAUUGCUACCUCGACUGUAGCAAAAAGAGCAAUCAAGAAGUCCAUUAUUAAAUUGGGUAGAAUUCUUCAUGGUUUUAAAAACGGUCUAAUACCAUGUAAACGAACACAACAAAACAGUAUUGGAAGGUGUCAAUACCUAUACUGAUAUUCACCAUUUUUAUGAUAGAGAACAAAUUCAGCAGCGUUGCAACACAUGUACCGGUCGAAAUCACAAAAGUCUUUACGCAAUCGCAACCGUUAUUUAAAACCUUGGAGUUCUUAGCAUUGUGGAUCUCAUUAAUCUCUAUUGUGAUGACAAUGGUGUCAUUCCACGAGUUAAGGAGUCUAGAUCCCACUUACGAUCCAAACACAUACUUAUCCAUCAACACCUUAUUCAGGAGAUGUGAAGAUAAGCAAAGUACCAACACUUCACAAUGUGGUUGACCCACUUAGAAAGUCUCUUAUUCUACAGGAACAUGAUGGUCAUACUAGAUCUAUCUAUGGGUAUUAGACUUAUGUCUAAUUGACUCUAGUGUUAGUGGAAGAGGGUUGAUUUAAGUCCAAGAGCUCAAUAGUCUUAUGAUUGAACUUCAAAUAUGUAUUAUGUUAAUUAAUUAUAAUAAAAUAAUCUUCUUCAUUA